CCCCCUCCUCCUCCUCCUCCUCGAGGAGGAAGCGGCGCCGACCCCGCGCCGAUCCCCGGGAGGGAGGGCGGGCGCGUGGCGGCGCGGGCCGCCGGCGGCCGAGGCCGCGCAGGUCAGAUAUCGGAGCGCCGACCAAAGCCGCAGGCUACAGGAGCCACGCGUUGCGCAGCCAGGUGAGGAACGUCGCACGGGGAAGACGCCACCACUCGCAGAGGGAACGCUUCCGGGUCCCACCAGACAACGCUUCUGGGCCUCGACCUAUCCGAUAGUAUGGUUAGGUUGUCUCGAUCCUCCAUGAGAACAUGCCAAAUCGGAGAGACGUGAUAGGGAUAGCGACAGAGCUGGUGAAAAUAAUCAGGCCAAAGACGGUAGCAUAAACUGAAUCGUACCAAAAGCAAUUAGUUCACGAACUGCUAGACAAUGUUCGGGAAGUCUGCCAAAAUAAGAUUUCGCUUCAAGAUCACUGCCUGCAAAUGAGCCGUACACGACUUCGGCUCUUGCCUUUCAAGACCAGCGAGAACGGUAAGGAAAUCACUACACAAUGCUUUAAUAUGUACCGACAUGUUUCCAAGAGAGCUUCCACAAUAAGUGUCAAUCAAACCAUCAUCAUCUGCAGAAGUGUAUGCACUCACGGCUGCCUUUGCAAAGAUCUGCAGCGACAUGCAAAGGAAUGGAGCGCUGGAGCGAAACCCUCUGGAUACCUCUAAGAAGAUGGUCCUUGGUAUCGCCGCGGCUACCUCCGAACCAGUGCUGUAUGAUCUCAAUGGGCUCCAUCCCUUCGAACUGGAUCAAGACGUUGUCUUUCCACGCGCUCCUGUCCUGAGACCAGGCCGCCAAAGAGAAGCUGGCGGGCAGAGCGUGGACAUCGGACUUGUAGAAGCUGCGGUACGCCCCCUGGCUGGACGCCCACCCCCCGACUGCAUCACUGGCGCUGGGGGUGUCGAACACGAACGAAUCCUAGUUGCGCCUGCGUCUCUCUCAGGAAGGGGACGUUCAGAAGUGCCACGCCUGGAGUUGAGGGCGUUGGCGAGGAGGGAUUGGAGGAGGAGAUGGAAGGAGGAGGAAGAGGCGGAGGAAGGGGAGGAGGACAAGAACGAGGAAGAAUACGAGGAAGAGGAAGAGGAGGAGACGAGCAUGAGAGAGCGAAGGAGGAAACUAAGGAUGAGGAGAAAGAGGAGAAAGAGGAGGACUGUGUCGCUACAGUCGUUCCUCUUGCACGCCCAGCGCAGGGGCCAAGACGUUCCACCGUGACAAGCAUCCUGGUGUUAUGACGAGGCCAUUUGACGUGGCCACAACUAUGGCACACACGCAUGACUGCUGUAACGCCUUUGGCACGGGCCCAAGCAUUUUUCUGAGCGCGCCGCGGGCCGCCUCCGACUGGUAACCCCUGUCGAGAUAGAAGAACCUGCGGACGCUGGUCACGAGCAAGCCAAGGCUGCCGCUGUAAAGCGCAAAACUACAGGUUUC